AUGGGUGCAACACUCAGUGGGCUCGCGAAUGUGUUCAGACCGCUUUUAUUCUGGACAAAAGGGAAGGAAUGCCGUAUUUUAAUGCUCGGUUUGGAUGCAGCGGGUAAGACGACGAUAGUAUAUAGAUUACAACUCGGAGAAGUAAUACAAACUAUACCAACUAUCGGUUUCAAUGUUGAAACUAUCAACUACAGCGGAUUACAACUCAAUGUUUGGGAUUUGGGAGGUCAAACGUCUAUCAGACCAUAUUGGAGGUGUUACUAUGCUAACACACAGGCGGUAAUCUAUGUCGUUGAUUCCACUGACACCGAGAGAUUGCCAACAGCCCGGUCAGAAUUGAUAACAAUGCUUUCCGAGGAGGAGCUCAAAGACGCAAAGCUGCUCGUUUUGGCUAACAAGCAGGACAGUCCAGCUGCGCUUCCUGUAGCUGAAGUGUCGCUACAGCUCGGGCUUGAUAACCUCAAAGAUCGCACCUGGAGUGUACGCGGAUGCUCAGCUAUCCGUGAAGAUGGUCAGCUCAACGAGGCACUCAAUUGGCUGGUCGACGAAUUGAAGAGUAGUUAGCUAUUUCAUUUUAUGUUGUAUUUUAUAUUUCGUUAUAGAUUGAGUUGUCUUUUUGCUA